AUCAUCACAACACAGGCAGGAGAACUUCGAAUGGAUAAUGGCAAAAAGGGCAGAGCCUUAUGGACAAAGACUCAAGAGACGGACAAGCUCACAAACGACCUGGAAAAAGUUCAAGCAGAAAAGCAGACCUCGGCCGAAGCCCUGCGCAAGAAGACUGAAUGGAUGGAAAAGCUCACAAACGACCUGGAAACAACUUCAAGCAGAAAAGGACACCUUGAUCGAAGCCAUCUGCAAUCCUGUAGCACCACCUUCUCAGCAAUUAGUGAACUUGAACAGCUCUGGACAGAAGUAGGCCUGAUGCGGGAAAAUAUGCCCCUGUCUGUCUUGGACGAUUGCUUCACCCCGCUGUGUAUGCGAUAUCAUAGCGUCUUUUUUGUUUGUCGACCUGCGACCUGGGUUAGGGGUUCCCGUGGUCGAACCGAGAGGUUCUCGUCAUACCCUAGGGAUGAGCCAACGAGCAGAUUCGCCAUCCUCAGUCGCUGACGGCGGUUCAAGUGGCUAUGCUCAAGGCUAGAUCAGUAGCUAGGAGUCGUUUGUAGCGGUAGGAAGACGGUGGAAGACGACACUGCUGCUGCUGUAUAUGAAGGAAUAUGCUUGAUAGGAUUCGCCCGCAUCCGAGUCAAACCUCUUUCGC